AUGGCGCCUCUAAAAUCGUGUACAGCUGGGUUGAGUGCCCUCCUUCCGGAUAGUUCCCAUCCGGCCGCGAAGCAGACGACGCCGUUGGGGGUUAACCGAUACGUCCUUCUGGUCAUCUACAUGUUGUACGCUGUGCUGACGUCGUCUGUGUAUUUUGGGUGGCGCAGCAUGAGCGCGAUGCUGUUCAAGUCUGGACAGUUUUCGUGGGUAUGUGAUUCGGAGGAAAAGCUGGAAGCAGAGAACAGUGAAUAUUUGUGCGAGCUGCAGGAUACCAAAGUGCAGUCUCUGUUCACUAUUGCUAUGGCGUGUCACUUCACCUGCAGUGCACUUGCGGGAUAUUUGCUCGACACGGUUGGUCCGAAAGUAGUGGCCUUACUGGGUCAAGCGUUCAACGCGUUAGCGUGGAUUCUCCUUGCAUUUUCGGGGCCCGGGUUCCGAGCUGUGUAUCCCGCGUUCGUCUUCAUGGGAGCGGGGGCGGAUGUCAGUGUGUACCCGACACUUCUGAUUGUAUCCCUGUUUCCGGGAUCAACGGCCCUGAUCAUGGCGUCUCUUGGUGCGUGCAUUUCUACAAGCUUCUUCGUUCCGCUUGUUCUCCGAACCAUAUGGGACACUACGGGCAUCUCGUUCCAGGCCGUUUGCAUUGGUUAUGCUGUUGCGGGGCCCAUUUUGUGUGCCGUCUUGGCGGUCUUCUUUAUUCCGCUUAAGGCGUUCAAGGGGGUGGAUACGUUCACAGCAGCGGUAGAAGCGGAGAAGGUGGCGAAUGUCGCUGCCGGUCCUGCAAAGUCGGAAGCGGAUGUUUACCAGACAGCGGUGACGGAGUGUAGUGAGCCAGGGGCUGGAGAGCACCCGGAGAACCACCAGAAUCAGGCUGUAGUCGCAGAUCUUGCAAGUGACCCUCGGCUGGAAAAGCAAAAGGUAUCGUUCAGUUCACAGGCGUGUACGUUCCUCUACUUUGGAAUUUGCCUGUACUUUACAGUAUGUGGGUGGGUCAUGGCCUACUACCAAGAGGCUGCUGGAAGGUUCCUGAGUAAGAAUGCAGAGUAUACUCUCGAAAUCAUGACGCCACUUUCGACGAUUCCUUGUCUGAUUUUCGGCGUCGUGAUCAAUAGGAUUGGUAUCAUGCCUGUCAUUCUUACCCUCAAUACCAUCGGCUUGUUCACGUACGUCUGCGUGGUGGCGGCCGAGAGUGUUGUGGCCCAGUACUUUUCAGUGGUAUUCUUCUUCAUGUACAUCUCCAUUUUCACUACGCAGAUGUAUGUCUUCGUGGAGGCGACUUUCGAUUCUGCCCAUUUCGGGAAACUGAUUGGCUUUGCAAGUCUCAUUGGAGGCCUGCUAUCGCUUAUCAGUAAUGUGCUGUAUGGAGAUGUCACCGUAGGUUUGCUAAAUGGAAAUACACAGCCUGUCGUUAUGGCGCUGAUUGUUGUUCUCGUUCUCAUGUACCCGUUGUUGCUGUUCAUGCAAAAGAAGAAAAUGAUGAAAGAAAAACAUCAGCAAGAAGAUAUUCGAAAUCGGGUUAUGGAACUGAAGGCUGCAUAUGAUGCCGAUGUCGCGUGA